AUGGACAAAGCGAAGGAGAAGGGCGGCGCCGGGGAGGAUGGAGGAAGGAGGAGGAAGCUGACGCAGGGGCGGAAGAAGAUCCCCAUGCAGCGCAUCGAGGACGCCAACAGGCUGCAAGUCUGCUUCUCCAAGCGCCGCAAGGGCCUCGUCAAGAAGGCCUUCGAGCUCUCCGUGCUCUGCGGCGCGCAGGUGGGCCUCAUCGUCUUCUCCCCCGCCGGCAAGCCUUACACUUACGGCCACCGCUCCCUGGACGCCGUCCUCGACCGCCUCCGCGAACGCUCCUCCGCCUCCCGCCCCGCAGUCGACGCUGAGGAGGCCGCGGAAAAGGCGGCUCGCCAGACGGAGCUACGCAAGCUCCUCCGCCAGGAGGAGGAGCUGAUGAAGGCCCGCGACGCUGAGCUGCGCAGAGGGGAGGAGCUCGAGGCAAAGAUACGCGAUGACGGCGUACGGAUCGACGGCAACGUGGGGAGCUGGGAGCUUCCGGAGCUUCAUGCCGCUCUUGGCGCGCUCGAGAGGGUCCAGGCGGAGGCCGCUGUGCGCGCUCACGAGAUCUUCGCUCAGGACGCCAUGAUGCAACAGUGCACCGGCGGCGGCGGCAGCCUCCUCGGCUACCUCGGAUCCGGUCCCUCCUACACGCCCAGUAGCAGCCAUGAGGAGGCAGCCAUGGACAACACGAUGAAGCUGAUGGGGGUCGGCGUCGGCAAUAACCUCUUCGACUACCUUGGCCCCUUCGCCGCUGCCGAUGGCACCGGCGGCCAUGCGAUGACCACGGACACCAUGAUGAGGUUGCCCGGUAGCCUCUUUCACUACAACGGCCCCGGCCCGUUCGUGAUGACCCACGGCACCGACGAGGUCAUUGUGGACACCACGAUGAAGUUGAUGGGCGGUAACGUCGGCCAUGCGCUCGGACCGAUGGUACCACCUCCGUUGCCGCUUCUUCCUCUGCCUUUCAACCACGGGUAUGGCUACAACAACCUUAGCGCGGGCUAUGGCUACAACGAAGAAGGAGAUCACGGCCAUGACCAUGGCCAUGGCGCCUUCUACGAGUAUGGGACAACCUGCAACUUCUUUCCCUAA